CAACCAACAAGUACAAGAGCAAGUUUAGGCCUGAGAAUUUGCCGUGAUUGACCAAUUCAAAUUCCAACAUCAUCAAUUGAUCUCUAUUGACAUCAUCCACCAUGGCGUCCGUCUACACGCCCGAGCAAAUCACCAAGUUCCUCGACUACAUCGAGCUUCCCAAAAAGUACCACCCAUCUUCCAACCCCGUUCACGACCUCGACUACCUCACUCAACUACAUGUGCACACCAUCUCCAAGAUCCCCUACGAUAACCUCUCGCUCCACUACUCGCCCACCCACAAGAUCAACAUCGACCCUCUGCACUCGUACCAGAAGAUUGUCGAGAAUGCCCGCGGUCGAGGCGGAUACUGCAUGGAGAACAGCCUCCUCUUCAACCACAUCCUUCGCGGUCUCGGAUUCCAGGUCUACACAGCUGGAGUGCGGAUCCGCCUCAGGAAAGACGGCGUCCCGGAUGGCGAUUACAUCGGCUGGGUCCACCUAGUCAACAUCGUCACCCUCCCGGACUCCACGCGCUGGAUGCUCGACGUCGGAUUCGGCGGCGACGGCGCGACGCUCCCCGUGCCCCUCAUCCCAGGCCAAAUCCUCUCCAACAUCGGCAGCCAGGAGAUCCGCCUCAUUCGCGACCACAUCCCGACGCAGACGCACCGCACCGACGCGACCAAGCUCUGGAUCUACCAGUACCGCAACUUCGCCUCCCAGCCGUGGAACUCCUUCUACGCGUUCCCGGAGACCGAGUUCAUGGAGGCGGACUUCAAGGUCAUGAAUUGGUACACGGGGUCCUCGCCCACGAGCUUCCAGACGUUCACGUGCAUUUUGAUUAAGUUUCUAAGGAGGGAGAGGGAGGAUGGGAAGGGCCAGGAGGUGUAUGGGAAGAGGAUGUUGGUUAAUGGGACGGUGAAGGAGAAUCUGGGGGGGAAGACGAAGGUGGUGAGGGAGUGUAGGACGGAGGGGGAGAGGAUCGAGGCGUUGGAGGAGUGGUUUGGGAUGAGGUUUACGGAGGAGGAGAGGGAGGGGAUCAAGGGGCAUGUCACGGAGUUGAAGGGGGCGCAUGGGGAGGGGUUGGAGUGA